CAUAUGGACAGUUCUUGACAACCUUAUGUCAAUUAGUAUUCUCCGUUUUCAUUGGCUGCAGCUGGAAGAGAUGUGAACUAUACUCUUCAGUGUCAGUUUCCCUACUCGUCUUCCCUGGUGUUCUGUCCUUACCGCCUCUGUCCAGCAGAGAGCAACUCCGCAUGUGAGGCUGAUGCAGGGUAGAGGAACGUGCCUUGAUAAUCAAGAAGCAAAUGUCAGACUCCCUGUGAAAUCACCCAGAACCCCUUCCCGAACCAACUAACCCCUCAACAACCCCCCUGCCGUCUACCCAUUUCAGCCUGUAUUUCACUUCACCUUCUUUUGUUUUUUAAAGCAACUUUGAGAUUCUACUUGUAAUGGAAAAUUAUAUAUAAAAUAAAUUUAUUAUUAUUAACCUUCGACCCUGUUUAUCACUUAACCUCUACCCCUCUCUCCUCCAUCCCCAUCCCCUCCCUUUGCCCCCGCCACCCCCCUCCCGAAACUGCCCCUCAACCUCGGGUGCCAGUAAUCGUCCAGAGCUCAGGCAUCAGCACUUUGCCUUGGCCCCCAGCUCGGGCCAGCUCGGAGGGGAAUAGGUUUUCACUGCAUUGCACAACCACAACCCAACCUGGGGAGUUGUCGAUCACCCUCACCAUCCCUCACCAGGCAGUCUGGAGUGAGGAAGAGACUAGAAAGAGAGACCCAGUGAAGAACCCAAAAUCUGGAAAAGUCUAGUUCACAUUCCUCUGAACCGGGCUUGACAAGACACAUCAAAAUGUCUGGACAAAUCCCAGCUCUCCCAGAAUCCUUUGCUCCAGGAAUAGACGGAGUGUUCUCAGACCGCAUUGGCUUCUACUCUCUGGACUCCAACGUCCCUGGCCUGUCCAAGGUCAUUCUCAACAAACUCAACAUGAAGGAUUAUGGGGAAUACAGGGCAGCUAUUGAAGGAAAGACUAAGGGAGGGGCGUUCCGUAACUACAAGGACAUGUUCCAGAAAAUGGAGGAGACGUUUAAAUUCUGUGCCAGCUGCAACAGGCUUCCAGAGCACCUGUCAGAGGGCCAGACACUCAAGCGUUGUGUGAAGUGUCUGAAUGUAUACUACUGCACAAAGGAGUGUCAGAAGAAGGACUGGCCCCAGCAUAAGAUGUUCUGUAAGAAGCUGCGUCUAGUGGCAGUUGAUCGGCUGGUGGAGUGGCUUAUGUUUACAGGAGAUCUCCCAUUCACCACAGAGAAGUGGUCCCUGCCAGCAGCAGAGGUGAAGGGCUGGGACAACUGGCUUGCCAUGCAAGGUGACCUAACCCCCCGUCUGGACGCCAUCUUGUCUAGCACAAAUAUGGGAGCGCUUUGGAAAAAUGUCUCUAGGCCACGACCAGAAGAUGCUGACCUGAGAGAGUCUGUAUGGCGAGUUGAGAGCGAGUUCCUGUCUCGGGCCCUUUCUGUUGGCAUGGCGAUAAGACUCUUUGGCCUAGAUCCUUACUUCAAACCACUCACCAUCCAUCUAGCAGGGGCCAGCCUAAAUGAGACGAUGGGAGCCCGAUUGACAGACUUUGAGGAACUAGACCAAAUGUUUCCUGGACACAAGGGUCUGGAGGUGGUGAUGGUGGGGCCAGAGGUGGUGGACGGGCCAAUCAUGAGGCCCCCUCUGACGAAUUUUGGCCCCAAGACGAAGACCUUCAUCAGUGCCUAUAAGGGCCUCUACCACCAGUUCUAUGAGGAUAUGGUGGAGACAGAGAAAGCAGCUAAGCCAGAUCUGGUGGUUGGAUUUCACCCAGGGUUUCAUGCCACACAGGGUCUGGGAGAAGGCUGGCUGCCCAGCCUCCUCCUCCUCAGAGACUUCAACAUCCCCUCAUUCUUCACCAUGUUCAAUGAGAUGGAACUGAACUUUUCCCUGCAAAUUCUGUCAGAGUUGGAAAUGCAUAUCAAGGGCAGUGGCCCCAACCCCUUUUCAUCCCAGAAGCCAGAGCAGGUCCAGGCCUGUCCCAACAAACCACCUUCAUACUGCAACUCCCACUUCCUCUAUUUUCAGGGCCUACUGGAGCAAGAAGAGCUUGAGCAACCGGACAACUCUAGAACUUAUUGGAAGGUUUAAAAAGUAUCAAAUGAAUAGCCUCUCGUCAAGGGUUUUCCACAUUAGCAUCCUAUAAUGCUCAAAUGGAUGCUUUUAGUGUUGCUUAUAUGCAUAAGCAUAAUGCAUUAUGGUGUUGCUCUCCUUUGUAUCUCUUGUGUAUGAUGACGCUAUAUACAUUUAUUGUGCCUGUGAAUCAUUCACUUAGUUUGCUAAAGCCUGCAUGUUAUGUGUGCACACAAUUGCAUGCAGGCCGACAAGCUGAAUAGUGAAACUGAAAACUAAUUUGGUUAAUAAAUACAAUGAAAAUGUUA